CAUCUGUUGACGGUAGGGGUGCAGAAAUUACAAACGCAAUUUAUUGCAAACUAAAAAUACAUGAGAGAAAAAAGCCAUUAAAUAGAAAUAAACGAAUAAAAUUAUCAAAUGCUAAAAACUUAACUAUUUAAUAUAAUUAAGUUCUUAAAGACUCACAUAUAAAGGCCUAUACAAAAAAGGUGCACUGACUUCCUAGUUAAAUUUUGCUUAGCAGUCUUCUUGUGUCGGAUGUACAGUUUUCCCCCCUCCCUUGAGUACCGACGACGAACCUGCGUAAAAACAUCUCUGAGCUUGUCGGGGUCCUCGGUACCUCCGCCCCGAAACAUGGAUAAUCCAUUCUGAGCGCUAGACGAGCGCGGCCGUGCGUUGAGAUCGCUCGUUCGGGGCUACGCCCACACUGAGCUCCUGAUCCUAGGGCAGGCAGGCAGAGUGUAAAAUGGCGCACAGCUGUCGGUGGCGGUUCCCUGCUCGGCCCGGAGGGAGCAGCAGCUCGGGCACCGGGAGGAAAGCGGGCCGAAUUCGAGUCAAUGCUUCCCUUCGAAACAGCGCGGGGACUAAUCCGAACACGAAUGGGCUCGGGCCCGGUUUCGACGCUGCGUUGCAAGUGUCUGCUGCCAUUGGCAGCAACCUGCAGAAAUUUCGGGAUGUUUUGGGGGAGACGAGCGGCUCCAGCAGCGGGGAGGAGGAAUUUGGAGGCUUCAGCAAUGUCAGUGACAACAGAAGAAUACAUAGCCCAGGAAGGACGUCAAUAGGUUCUAUUUCACCGGAAAAAAAACCCAGAGGACGUCCUCCUAGGGCUCUAUCUGCGCAGAGGGUUGGCACUGAUAUUGAGACAGCCCCUUUGCCUCUCGCCACAGCUCCUAAAGAGAAGGUAAAACGACCACCAGGGAGGCCUCCUGGCACUGGAGAAAAAAGAAGAGGCCGCCCUCCUGCUUCUGCCAGCCAGAGGAGCUGGCAACAGAGCGGCCAUGCACUCCCUGAAGAGGAUGGGGAUGCAGAACAGGAGUGCAGCUCUAGUCCCACACACCACAAGGACGGUGUCCAGGAUGAAGACAAGGAGAAAAGGCAAACUCUGCUUGGGUCUGGGCACCAUCAGGGAUCUGAGGCUAAGCCUCACAAAAUCAGCCGGGAAUCCAAGGUGACCAAACUGAAAAGAUUGCGGGAUGUCAAACUGAGCCCACUGAAGUCUAAGCUGAAGGCCAUUGUGAGGAAGAGUGUCCCAGUUCCUGGUUCUGGUGUGCAAAGAAGGAGGCGGGGCAGGCCACCUUCUGCCGAACGCCUAAAAGCUGAAGCUGCUGCUGCUGCUGCUCUGGUUGCUAAUGCCUCCUCGGUCCAGGAGAUGUCCAACACGGCACAUGGGACUGCCAAACAUAAGGACUUCAGGGUUCGUCGGGCACAAGAUUUGGGUUCCUGCACUCCACAUGAUCUCCAGCUCAGGGCUUCUCAUCCUGCUGAUGAACACACUAGCCCAGAUCCCUAUGACUCCGCUAUAGUCAACCCAAUGACCCCAACUAAACAUGGGAGGCCAUUAGGGUUACGCCAGAGCCCUCGCCAUAUCAAACCUGUGCGGGUCGUCCCUCCCUCCAAACGCACUGAUGCCACUAUUGCAAAGCAGCUGCUGCAGCGGGCAAAGAAGGGGGCCCAGAAAAAGAAACUUUUGGAAAAAGAAACCAUUGGCACCCAGGGAACUACAGGUCUUGAGGGUGGGAAGCACAGGAGGCGAACCCAGUUAACAAAUAUCAGGCAAUUUAUCAUGCCUGUUGUGAGCACAGUGUCGUUGCGCAUAAUCAAGACUCCAAAGCGUUUUAUCGAGGAUGAAGGCAGUUUCAGCACUCCGCCACCACACAUGAAAAUUGCUCGAUUGGACUCUGCAGCAUCUGCCCCAGCACCUCAGCCCAUAACCUCACCCGCUCAAGCUCUUGUUUCCACAUCUCCCGUCACAAGCGGAACCACUGCCACACCUGGAGCAGGGCCUGCUGUUGACUCUCUCCCUCCUCCCCCACCUCCUGUCCUGACUGGCAGUGCCAACAACAUUGCAGCCAGUCUUCUUAACAGCAGCUGCAAUAAUAGCACUAGCAACGGGCGAUUCAGUAGCAGUGCAGCGUCCUGUGGCUCCAGCGCUGUUUCGCAGCAUUCCUCUCAGCUCUCUUCUGGUGAGUCGUCUCGCUCCAGCAGCCCUAGCCUUGAUGACUCCUCAUGUGAUUCCCAGGCGUCUGAAGGCACCCAGGCUCUCUCAGAAGAGGCAGAUAAUUCCCCUGCCUCUCAGGGAGAGACAGAGGCCAGCAUGCACCACACCUCGCAGCCACCAUCACCACCAUCCGAGCCGGAGCCAGACCAUGUAGUGUUGAUGGAGCGCAGCAGGCGGGGUCGCAGAAGUCAGAGUCAUAGGCGGGGUGCUUUAGUGGCACGUGGUAGGGGCAGCCUGAUUGGUGGAAGGAAACAAGCCAUCAUCAGGCCAGCCACAGGGGUUUCACAAGCUGGCUCUCAACAAGCCUCUUCUACGGCAUCAUCAUCCUCUUCACCACCACCACCACCUCCUCUUCUUAGCCCUCCCCCGCCUCCCCAGGCAGCAUCAUCUAAUGCAUCUGAGCAUCACUCCCACUCUCCAUGGAUGAUGUCACAUUCCAUUGCUCCUUUUCUGCCCACCCCUUCAAUACUCUCCAGCUCUCAUGAUAAACGUCGCUCCAUACUACGAGAGCCCACUUUCCGCUGGAAGUCUUUGUCAUGUGCUGAAAAUAAGUACUUCUCCUCUGCCAAGUAUGCAAAGGAGGGCCUUAUCCGCAAGCCCACUUUUGACAACUUUCGUCCUCCUCCACUGACUGCUGAGGAUGUGGGCCUCAUGCCACCUGGACCUGGUGGAGGUGGUGUUGCACCAGGAGGAUUCCCAGUCCCUGCUGGUGCAGCUGGGACAGGUUCCAGACUUUUCUCCCCCCUGCAUCAUCAUCCUCACCACAAUCACCACCAGCACCCCUCGUCACGGUUUGAAACGCCACAUCAAAAGCGCAGCCCCCUACUACGUCCCCCUUGCUUCACUCCAAGUCCGGCUCAUUCUCGCAUCUUUGAGUCGGUCACCCUCCCAUCCUCUUCAGGGAGCAGCCCUGGCUCUCUUUCUCCCCUUCAGGUCUCACCAACCUCAAACAAAAAGAGAAAGGGGUCUAGGUUCUCACGUGGACAACCUAGGUCACCCUCACACUCUAUGACUACCAGGAGCAGUCAGUCAGGAGUUCAAACAGGGAAAGCAUCCGAGCAAUCCAUGAUUAGCAGUUCUGUUCCCAUAAGUGUGACUGGGAAUUCUAGCCCAUUGCCUGGAGUUGCAGUCAGUCCACUUGCUGCCAGUGCCUUAACACAAGCUUCUUUCAGUGGCUUCCCCUCAAGCUCUAUUGGUCUUACGAGCCACGGAGUUUCUGAUGGGCGGCGAGCAGCAGGGGGUAUCGGUGUGAGUGGGAGUUCUGCUUCAUCUUCGCAGCUCUUCCCUCUUUUUAUGCCCAGUAAUCAAGGAUCAGGUGGGGGAACUGGAAAAGCAGGAAGGGAACGGAGUGUCUCUGCUACUAGAGACACAGGUACAAGAGAGAAGGACAGGGAGAUGGAGAAAAAUAGAGAGCGUGAAAAGGAAAACAAAAGAGAUAGAAGGAAAGACUGGUAUAAAAGAGAAAAGAGUCUUCCAUCGGAAGCUUCCCCUAAUUCUACAUCUAGCCUCUUCGCAAUGGAGGCCAGGGACAUUGAGGAAUCUCUCACCCAAAAAAGGACACCUGGUCGAAAGAAGUCAGUCACAGUUGACUCUGGUGCAGAGGGCUCCCCAAGUGACUGUGCAGCAGUUCAGCCUGUUGGGGCCUUGUCCUCAAAGGGUCGUCUAGCCAAAAAAGGCAGACCUUCGGAGAGGAGUAUUGAAUCAGAGGGAGUAGAGAGGGAUAAGGAGAAACUGAGUGCUCCUACCCAAGCAGGGCAGAUGGGAAAACCCCCUGCCACCACAUCACUUGGCUCCAUGUUAGCUCGUGCCGAGAAACAACCAGUCACAGACAGGCGUGUCGCAGGACUGCUGAGAAAAGCUAAAGCUCAGCUCAAUAAGAUAGAGAAGAGAGAGGUACAACCUGGCGAUCAACCCAAAUUACCAGGUCAAGAGAGUGACUCUUCUGAGACAUCAAUCCGUGGUCCACGCAUUAAGCAUGUGUGUCGUCGUGCAGCUGUAGCUCUGGGUCGCAACCGUGCUGUGUUCCCAGAUGAUAUGCCUACACUUAGUGCCUUGCCAUGGGAGGAGAGAGAAAAGAUCUUGUCUUCCAUGGGAAAUGAUGACAAAUCAUCAGUGGCGGGAUCAGAGGAGGCGGAGCCACCCACACCACCUAUUAAGCCAGUAACAAGGCAGAAAACGGUCCAUGAGGCCCCACCCAGAAAGGGCCGGCGAUCUCGACGCUGCGGGCAGUGUCCAGGCUGCCAAGUACCAGAUGACUGUGGGGUCUGCACUAACUGCUUAGAUAAGCCCAAAUUUGGGGGACGCAAUAUUAAAAAGCAGUGUUGCAAAGUACGGAAGUGUCAGAACUUGCAGUGGAUGCCAUCAAAGUUCCUUCAAAAGCAGGCAAAAGGUAAAAAGGACAGGAGAAGGAAUAAAUCGUCUGAAAAAAAGGAUUCACAUCACAAAUCCCAGUGUUCUGAAGCAAGCCCCAAGCCAGCCCCUCUUCCAAAAGAUAAGAAAAGUGAAACUCCACCACCUACGCAGGGAGAAGACAAACAAAAGCAGACACAACCUUCAGCACCAUCCUCACCAGCUUCCUCCCCAAAGGACCCUCCACUCUCUAGUCCUUCUGUUGACCCCAAGCACUCUCAAACCCCUUUGAGCUCAGCCUUUAGAAAGGAACGGAAGCAGCAGCCCAGUUCUUCACCCACCCCUGUACAAAUUGCCCCAUCUUCCCCACCAGCACAGUCCCAGCAGUCCUUGCAGCAGCAAAGCCAAGUGCCAGCAAAAAAGGAAGGUCUUGCAAAGCCCCAGCCCACUGAGCCCAAGAAAAAAUCACAGCAACAAAGUCAACCUAGUUCUGCCACAGACACAGCAUCCGAAGCAGAGCUAAAGAAACAGACCACUCGAUGUGUUCAACCACCUAAGCCUAAACCAAAAGAAAAGGAGAAACAGAUAACCAAAUGUGACCGCAGUACUUUAAACUCCAAGAGCACUCCUUCGACUAGGGGCACCACCAAGCAGAAAGCACCCUGCGAUGGAGUGCAUCGAAUCAGAGUAGAUUUCAAGGAGGACUAUGACAUUGAGAAUGUGUGGGAGAUGGGUGGGCUCAGCAUUCUCACCUCUGUGCCAAUCACCCCGCGGGUGGUGUGCUUUCUUUGUGCCAGCAGCGGUAAUGUAGAGUUUGUUUUCUGCCAGGUGUGCUGUGAACCCUUCCACCUUUUCUGCUUGGGGGAGACAGAACGGCCCCAUGAGGAACAGUGGGAGAACUGGUGUUGUCGCCGAUGCCGCUUUUGUCAUGUCUGUGGCCGGCAGUAUCAGAAAACCAAACAGCUACUGGAGUGUGACAAGUGCCGAAAUAGCUAUCACCCUGAGUGCCUGGGACCCAACCACCCUACCAGACCCACCAAGAAGAAAAGAGUCUGGAUUUGCACCAAGUGUGUGCGCUGUAAGAGCUGUGGAGCCACCAAACCAGGGAAGGCCUGGGAUGCUCAGUGGUCACAUGAUUUCUCUUUGUGUCAUGACUGUGCCAAACUCUUAGCUAAAGGCAAUGUCUGCCCGCUGUGUAGUAAGUGUUAUGAUAAUGAUGACUGUGAUAGCAAAAUGAUGAAGUGCAGGAAGUGUGACUGCUGGGUCCAUGCAAAAUGUGAACGUUUAACAGAUGAUAUGUAUGAGCUCUUGUCUAACCUGCCUGAGACCGUGGCCUACACCUGCACAAACUGCACUGAGCCCCAUCCUGCUGAGUGGCGCACUGUCUUAGAGAAAAAAAUUCAGAAGUCCAUGCAGCAGGUUCUCACAGCCCUGCUCAACUCCCGCACGUCUACUCACCUGCUUCGCUACAGACAGGCUGUCAUGAAGCCACCUGAGCUGAACCCAGAGACAGAAGAAAGCCUUCCCUCACGCCGUUCCCCAGAGGGCCCUGACCCCCCUGUGCUGACGGAGGUCUCUCCACCUAAUGAUUCACCCCUCGAUUUGGAGUCCGUGAAGAAAAAAAUGGAUUCUGAAUGCUAUAAAUCUGUGCUGGAGUUCAGUGAUGACAUUGUGAAAAUCAUCCAGACAGCCAUCAAUUCAGAUGGAGGUCAGCUAGAGAGCAGGAAGGCCAACAGCAUGCUCAAGUCCUAUUUUAUUCGGCAAAUGGAGCGGACUUUUCCAUGGCACAAGGUGAAGGAGUCCAAUUUCUGGGAGGUGCGCAAAGUCUCUCCAAAUAGUGGACUGCUUCCCAAUGCUGUGUUGCCCCCUUCUUUGGAUCACAACUAUGCCCAGUGGCAGGAGAGGGAGGAGAUAGCCAGGGCUGAGCAGCCUGUGCUAAUGAAAAAGAUCAUACCGGCUCCCCAUCCUAAAGCACCUGGGAAACCUGACUCCCUGACUGCCCUCACACCACUUCCUCCUCCACCCAUGCUUAUCCAUGACUACAGCCUUGAAGACAGCCCUGAUAUUCCCCCUCCUCCUGGUGUAUGUGACAACAGACAAUGUGCGCUUUGUCUGAAUUACGGAGAUGAGAACACAAAUGAUUGUGGGAGACUGCUUUAUAUUGGCCAGAAUGAGUGGACCCAUGUAAACUGUGCACUGUGGUCAUCCGAGGUGUUCGAGGAUGUUGAUGGUGCACUCAAAAAUGUCCAUAUGGCAGUCAGGAGAGGCAAAAAGCUGCAAUGUGAGAAUUGUCACAAGCCCGGAGCCACAGUGAAUUGUUGUCUGACCUCCUGUACCAACAACUACCAUUUCAUGUGUGCACGUCAGCAGCAGUGUGCCUUUUUAGAGGACAAGAAGGUUUACUGUCAGCAUCACAGAGAUCUCAUAAAGGGCGAGGUGGUGCCAGAGUCAGGCUUUGAAGUUACUCGGAGGGUCCUUGUGGACUUUGAGGGAAUCAGUCUGAGAAGAAAAUUUGUUAAUGGGCUUGAACCAGAUAACAUCCACAUGAUGAUAGGGUCAAUGACCAUCGACUGUUUUGGUAUGCUAACUGAACUGUCUGAUUGUGAGAGGAAGUUGUUUCCUGUGGGCUACCAAUGCUCAAGGGUCUACUGGAGCACUCUAGAUGCCCGCAAACGAUGCGUCUAUAAAUGUAGAAUUUUAGUAUGCCGCUCCUCUAUGACUGAAACUAUCAAUAACACAGCAACCCAAGAAGAGAACUACACAAUUGCUCACAGUCCUCCACCUAUUUCAGCUGAAGUGGAUGCUGCUUUGCCUGAACCCACAGAUUCCACAAAACCAUCAAAUGUGCCUUUCACACCAAAACAAAGGGUUAAUUUUAGGAACAGACACCCCAGCUACCCACCAUGUCAUCGUUCUCCAUCAACCAGACCACUUCCCUCCCCAGAUGGUUUUAGUAGUUCAUCCCAUGAAAUUGUGACUGUGGGGGACCCUGUGCUGAGCUCCACUCUAAGAACCAUUGGAUCUCGUCGACACAGCACUUCCUCCAUCUCUGCUCAACAAUCUAGGCAAAAGAUUUCCUCUCCUCAAAAGGGAGGCACCGUAUCAAUUCAGACAUGCAAUUCAUCUGCCCCAUCCCUAUCCUCAACCUCUAAGGAACCUUUAACUAGUGACACAGACAAAGGAAGAGCACUAUCUGGAGAGAGAUCUCACAAUCGAGAGGCAAAUUCAGUGAACACUGGAGCACAGCGUCGACUCAGUUUUGGUUUCACUGAAAGAAUAGAGGGUAGUAGAGAAGCAACCAAAAAGCAGUCGGAUGGUGAGAGUUUGAAGUCAUUGCAACCAGUUAGCAUAAGCCAGGCAUCACCACCUCUCGGAACUGCAGUAUUGACAGGACAUCAGAGAGGAAGUGGCAGUUUGAAAACCGAGAAAGGGAAACAAGCAACAAAAGAUACUGACCUACCAGCUGGAGUCACUUGUAUGUCUAGUCAUCCACUUGCCACACUUCCUAAGGACAAGGCAAAUCCAGUCAAGGAAGGAAAUGUGACACCAGUGGCCACAUCAAAAGACACAGGAAAGACUGUGUCUCCACAACCAGUUUACAGCAAAAGUGGGAGUAGGAAGUCUCACUGCUAUGGGUCUGGUCCAGCUGUGGCAGCAGCAAUGAAGCCUCUAUGGUCAUCUGGUGCCAAGGUGGGAGAGGAGGACCUAAAGCAUGGCUUCCACACAAGUGCUGCUGUCACUGCUAGUCAUGGAACCUCUAGCACCAAAGAAAAACACUCCAAAGUCAAAAUGAAUGUGAGCAGGGAUGUUUCAAAAGAAAGAAAAGAGUCUGCUCAAAACCCAGUUCUUAACAGCAACUCCAAAAGCAGUAAUGUCAAAACACAAGGUCAGGGUCCACCUCCUUACAACACUAGCAAUAAAGCCACAGCACUGAGCAGCAACACGGGGUCUAGCAAGGUGGAAGUUAAUAAAUUUGAUCAGAAAGAAAUGGAGAAGCCAUUCAAGUCCAAAGAGAGAUUUAGCUUUGAGAAAAAGCAUAGUUCGGCCAUGGAUGCUAUUCAGCCGAAAGCAGGGUCUGAAAGAGGUAUAAGACCACCACAGGUACAACCUAAAUCAAGUAAGGAAGUUACUCCAGUGGUGAAGAAACACACUGAGAGGCUGCCUCUAAUGUCUCAAAAAAUGGAUCCUAAUGGAACCAAAGCUGUCAGCAUGCCAGCUGUCAGCAACACAAACACGUACACUUCUGUAACCCCUAGCAAUCAGGGCUCCCAAAGAAGGUCCUCUCGAGCGAUGGUUUUCUCACCAUCUGCAAGUUCUGAAAGCUCAGAAUCAGACAGCCACAUUCACCCUGAUUAUUCUGAGGAGCACCUCAUGCAGCAACAAUGUGCAGAUGAUGGAGAGGACCAUAAUUUAGAGGAUGAAGGCAGCGUUGAUAAGCACCAUGAGGAGGAUAGUGAUGGUUCGGCAGGUUCAGCAAAGCGCAGAUACCCAAGGCGUAGUGCCCGUGCUCGAUCAAACAUGUUCUUUGGGCUAACCCCUUUCUAUGGUGUGCGAUCGUAUGGGGAGGAAGACAUACCCUUCUACAGAACUGGUGAAAUCUCCAUGAAAAAGCGCACUGGAAGCAGCAAGCGUUCAGCUGAAGGACAAGUUGAUGGGGCAGAUGAUAUGAGCACAUCAUCUUCAGCAGACAGUGGAGAGGAUGAAGAAGGAGGAAUUAGUUCAAAUAAGGAUGCAUAUUAUUACAACUUCACACGCACUAUAAUAAACCCCAACUCUGGUCUUCCACAUAUUGCAGGUAUUGAUCAGUGUUUGGGAAGAGGGUCGCAGAUCCACAGGUUCCUGAGGGAUCAGACGAAGGAGCAAGAUGAUGACAGUGAUGAGGUGUCAACAGCAACCAAGAAUUUGGAACUGCAACAAAUUGGCCAGCUGGAUGGCGUGGAUGAUGGUUCUGAGAGCGAUGUUAGUAUAAGCACCAGCAGCACAACCACUGCUACUACUUCAUCAACAAACAAAAGUUCAACAAAAAGAAAAGGUAGAGAAAGCAGGACAGAUAAAAUAAGCAUUGACUCAGGGAAGGAUAUACACCAAGAAAAUACACCAAGUGGGAACAGUCGUGACAGUCGUAAAAAUCAAAAGGAUAACUGUCUUCCAUUAGGGAGUGCCAAAGCACAAGGACAAGACCCCCUUGAAACUCAAUUGUCACUCACCACAGAUCUCCUCAAGUCUGACUCUGAUAACAACAACAGUGAUGACUGUGGUAACAUCCUACCCUCUGAUAUCAUGGAGUUUGUACUCAAUACCCCUUCAAUGCAGGCUUUGGGACAACAGACAGAAGCUCCUUCUGCUGAACCAUUCUCUUUAGAUGAGAGUUACGGGGUGGAUGUUAACCAAAGAAAGGACAUGCUUUUUGAAGAUUUCACUCAACCACUGGCCAGUGCUGAACCUGGUGAGAGUGUGGUGAACACCUCUAUUGCUGUUGAAGAAUCAUAUGGUCUUCCCCUCGAGCUGCCCUCUGACCUCUCUGUGCUGACAACUCGAAGUCCCACUGUAAAUAAUCAAAGUCAUGGCUCGCUGGUCUCCGAGACCUCUGACCGCACCAUUUUGGCUCUGGCUACGGAAGAAUCAGGAGUUGAAAAAAGUGGGAAAAAAACAAGAACAGGGUCCACUGCAUCCAGCAAGAGCCCACAGGACAGAUGUGCCGAUUCCCAGAUUCCAGAAGGUCAAAUGACUCCAGAACAUUUCAUUUCUGCACGCAUUGAUGGUGACCAUAUCACAAGUCCUGGAGUAGCACCUGUGGGAGAGACUGGGAACCAAGAUCUGACGAGAAAUAGUAGUACGCCAGUUCUUGCCAGCUCACCCAACUUGCCUAUCCAGAGUCAGAAGUUCAUCCCUGCUGCCACUGUUAGCUCAGGUCCUGCUCCGAUCGCAAGCUCUGCUGUUCAAGCUGCUGCCUCUCAAUUGAAGCCUGCCCCAGAGAAACUAAUAGUGCUAAACCAGCAUCUACAGCCACUCUAUGUAUUGCAAACCCUUCCCAAUGGUGUAACCCAAAAGAUCCAGAUUGCACCAUCUGUUAGUGCAACAGGUGUCAUGAACACUAGUGCCCCUGUCUUGACAGGCCUCAGUGGUAGCAUCUCCACCUCUCAGUCCAUUUUUCCUGCUGGUGGAAAAGGUUUAGUGCCUGUAUCUCAUCACCCACAAAUCCAUGCAUUUACAGGCACUACUCAGACAGGUUUCCAGCCAGUCAUUCCUAGCACCACAUCAGGCCUCUUCAUAGGAGUCACCUCCCACGAUCCCCAAAUUGGUGUGACAGAGGCAGGAAAUAGGCAUGAUCAUGCCUCUGGUGUUGCUAUGGUAUCUAGUGCUUCAUCCAUCACCCCAGCACCAACUAUGCUCCCCUCUGGACAUGGCAAAAAGCGCCUAAUUUCUCGUCUUCAGAGCAAUAAGGGCAAAAAACAGGCUCGUCCAAAGACCCAACCUACACUUGUUCCUUCCGAUGUUGGGCCCAAUAUGACCCUCAUAAACUUGUCACCUUCACAGAUUACUGCAGGAAUCCCUGCUCAGACAGGCUUGAUGGAACUUGGGACUAUAACUGCAACACCGCAUCGAAAGAUUCCUAACAUUAUAAAACGGCCAAAGCAAGGGGUGAUGUACUUGGAGCCAACUCUCCUUCCACAGCCCAUGCCCAUUUCAACCACAACUCAGCCUGGCAUGUUGGGACAUGAUUCGUCUACUCACCUGCUCCCAUGUACUAUGUCAGGGCUUAACCCAAGUCAGUCUGUUUUGAAUGUGGUGUCGGUGCCUCCCACUGCACCAGGGAACUUUUUGGGAGCGAACUCCGUCUCGUUGAGCGCCCCAGGUCUCAUAAGUUCAACGGAGAUCACAGGAUCUAUAAGUAACCUUCUUUUCAAAGCCAACCCUCACAACCUAGGCCUUCCAGAGCAACAGAUGGUCCUUCAUUCAGGACCUCCCAUGAUGUCUCACCUUACUAAUCCUGCCCAGACAUCCAUUGCCAGUAGCAUCUGUGUGUUUCCCCCAAACCAAAGCAUAAGCAUGUCUGUCAAUCAACAGGUGGAGAAAGAGGGCAGCGUUCAUCACCAGCACCCAGUCAGUCGAGUCCUGGCAGAUAAAAACCUAGACCCAAAUGGCAACUCAGCUGGUCAAGUAAAUCUUGCUCGUAAUCCCAUCACUCAAGACCUGAAUAAAAGUCAUGUUGUUGGCGUCCUCACUCAGAGCUCACGAACCUCUCCCAUUUCUCGACCACCACAUCAGCAACAAUCCUCAAAGUUACCUGCUGGAGCUGCAUCCACAGCUGUUGGGAAGGGAAAACAAAAGGCCAAAAGACCUCGACCAAGCCCAGAUAAGAGCAGUGGAAAGAAACGCAAAGGACUUCAGUCAGAUACACCAACUGUUGACACAUCUGCAAUCCAAUUAUCAUAUUUUACAGGUGACCGGGAACUUUCAUCACCUGAGCCAAUGGAUACAGGGCAGUCAAAUGAAACCGGUUCAAAAACAAGUGACUCUGCCACUAAGACAGCUGAUUCUUCUUCUCUUAAACGUACAACCAUGGACACACAUGAUGAGAAGCCAAAGACUGCAGGACUGUCUAGUAAGGAUGAUGGGAAAGGAUCUAAUGCUUUUUCAGUGGAAACACCUGAUCAAAGGGACAGAGGGAGAGACUCCUCUUUGGACUGCAAGCCCAAGAAAGGGCUCAUAUUUGAAAUCUGCAGUGAUGACGGAUUUCAGAUUCGCUGUGAAAGUAUUGAGGAGGCCUGGAAGUCCCUGACAGAUAAAGUGCAAGAGGCCCGGUCCAACGCUAGACUCAAGGCACUUUCAUUUGAUGGAGUAAAUGGGUUGAAGAUGCUGGGUGUGGUUCAUGAUGCUGUAGUGUUUCUACUGGAGCAGCUGUAUGGAGCCAGGCAUUGCCGAAAUUACAAGUUCCGCUUUCACAAACCAGAGGAGCCAAAAGAUCCUCCUGUCAACCCUCACGGAUCUGCCCGUGCUGAGGUGUACCACAGGCGAUCGGUUUUGGAUAUGUUUAAUUUCCUGGCAUCCAAACACCGUCAGCCUCCUGUAUAUAACCCCCAGGAGGAAGAUGAGGAGGAGAUAUUGCAGAAGUCUGCUCGACGGGCCACCAGCAUGGACUUCCCACUGCCUAUGAGGUUCAGGCACCUAAAGAAUGUGUCCAGGGAGGCUGUGGGUGUCUACAGAUCAGCCAUACACGGCAGAGGUCUGUUCUGCAGGAAAAACAUUGACGCUGGAGAGAUGGUGAUCGAGUAUUCUGGCAAUGUCAUUCGCUCUGUCCUCACUGACAAGCGGGAGAAAUACUAUGACAGCAAGGGCAUUGGCUGCUACAUGUUUCGUAUCAAUGACUACGAGGUGGUGGAUGCCACCAUGCACGGCAACGCAGCCCGAUUCAUAAACCACUCUUGCGAGCCCAACUGCUACUCCCGCGUGGUCAGUGUUGACGGUCAGAAGCACAUCGUCAUCUUUGCCACACGCAAAAUCUAUAAAGGCGAGGAGCUCACGUACGAUUACAAGUUCCCCAUCGAAGAACCAGGCAAUAAGCUGCCUUGCAACUGCGGGGCGAAGAAGUGUCGCAAGUUCCUCAAUUGAAAGCAAACUUGCAAGCUAAUAUUGUCUGUGAAUGCUAUCAAGAGUGUAUACUUGCCAGGGAAGAGACAUUUAAUUUUUUUUUCUUUUUUUUUUAACUGAAGCAGGCUCAGGUUAUCAGAAAGUGAAUGGUAUUGUGCCUCUUAAGUUGUUUUGAUUUUUAGAAAAGACAAUUGAGUGCAAUGAUCAGAGUUGCAAUGGAGAAGAUUGCCCUUGUGUCCCCUUUAUUAAUGCCCAAUUUAAGAGAUUAGUGACCCCUCAUUUUUAAAUUUUGUACGUUAUCUUUUUUUUUUUUUUUUUUUACUAUUUUGUUUUAGUUUUUCUUUUUUAGAAGGAUAUUGUGAAACGUUUUAAAUUUGUAACAAGUCGAGUCUGGCCUGCUCUUAUUUACAAAGUGUGACUGAAAAAAUGCCACAUCGUUCCAUUCUACACCAAAGUGCAAUUUCGAAAGGGAAAGAUUUAAUGUUUUUAGAUUGACGAUGCAUAAUCCUUUUUGAAUGUACAUCGAAGCCUUCAGAGCAUCCGAGGUCGUCCUAGCCAAGCCGGGCCUGAUUCUCUGUAUGGAAUACACUGUAAAUAUCUCAUAGUAGAGAUGAUGAGGGGAAACACUAGGGGGAGCAGUGGUCCCAGGAAUAGGUUGUCUGAAGAAAAAUGUUCUUUUUGUCAUUGGUUGAAAGAAAUGUUAUGAAGAGUAGGCCAUGAAGGGUUUGUGAGAUGUGUGGCUGGCCGGUUGAGACCCUGGUGGACUGACAGACAAAGGACCAGAGCAAUUAGGUGGCUUAAUUGCAUUGUUUUUUCAAAAAAAGUUAAAUGUGCAUGUUAUUACGAAACAUUGUUGGAUUUUGCGUCCAAAUGAAAUUACCACUCUAUUUAUUGUCUCUGAGUUUUUUUGUUUUACUCCGUAGGCCCGUAGUUGUGUGUAUUUUUUUUUUUUUAGCCAAUUAAAAAAAAAAAAGACUGUUUUUGUUGACAGAAAUAUCAUUUGUUGAAUAAUGUAAAUAUGUAUAUUUUUCUAUACAAAUGACUAAAAGCACUCAUUGGUGAAUAGUACUUAACAAUGGUAUUUCUAUUUUUAAUAAUACAUUGUAUUUAUUUUAUCAACAUUUUUGUAGGAAAGAAUAGAUUUAAAACACUAAUGCUCUGUCCAAACAUUUUUAUAGCACUGUCUCAAGAUUUUUUUUGAUCGUUGAUCGUGUUUUUUUAGUUUUUGAAGCCCAAAUGUUUCGUUCUAUUCCAAACUGAAGCAGUUCCUGUUCCCACAGAGUGUGGUCCACCAGAGGCUCUCAUUGCCGACCCAGGUCAAGCAUGGACAUUUCAAAUGAUCAUUUCAAAGAGGUGUGUAGGUUCAGUGAGCUUUUCUAAGUGCAGAUCGGUUUGAUAUGACUCCUUUUUUAAGUGCCAGCCUUAAAAUCACAUGCAAGAACUGCCCAUCUUCCCUUAAAAUCCCCUCUUUGCGUUUUCUAAACUUGGAGGAAAGAUGCAUGAUUUCCUUCUCUAGCAUUCUAGCAACUGACAAGUCCCAAAGUUUAUUCCGUAUAUUUUGUUAUAUCAAAAUAUUUUCUUAGAGAUUGGUGUAAUGCAAGGAAUUGCCACAGAGGCUAUCCCAUGUAAAAUGACUUGUAAAGCACUAUAUAUGGAGGAGGAGAGGGCGGAGGGCUCUUGUUUUCCUCAUGGUCUUGUGCACUGAAGAUCAGUCUUCUUCCCAGUCUUCUUCAACACAUGUUGCCUUGGCACUGCAUGGACGCUCCAGGCAGCCAUUCAGUCAAUGCACAUUAUUUGCUCGUAUCAUCUCUUCAUUCUCUUGUAAAUGUUGACACUCCUCACAUCUGUUCCCAUCUGUUCUCGAGUUUUGUUUGACCCGUUUGAAUAAUGCGAAGACUGAUGUGGCUUCAUUAUUUUUGAAGAUGCUCUGUGGUUUGUUCUUCCAUCUUUCUGAUCAGAAGUUUGGUGCCUUGUGUGUAAAUUUCUCUGGUUGUUUUAGUUUUUGGAUGUUAGGGGUUGGAACUUGAUUGGAUGGUCAGCCGAGGAGCUCCAGACUAUGGAUAAACGUUCAAAGCUGUUUUAACUAGGGCACAAACGGUUUCCACUUGAAAUUUGUCUCGUUUUAUUUUUCAUGUAAAGUUACGAUGAUUUCUAAAGGGAUGCUGUAGCAUGAGUAUGGGGGUAUCGCAGAAUGGCUCGGGGGCUGUACAUACCUCUAGACAAAGCUGCUUUGUGCAACCGUGGCUUCCGUAGCAAGCCACUUUCAAGGCCAGUUCCUCUCUCAUUGCCUCACAAGUUUAAGUAUUUUGUUGUUUUUUUUCUUGGCCACUGCAGACCCCCUCCAGCCCUCACUGUACCUAGGCUGCAAUAAUUUUGACCUUUCCCAGCAUUUCACUUUUGACUAUGGCACUGAAGAUCAGAGUUCUGUACGUUGCCUCACAUUGAACAUUUGUUGGCUGCUGCCUCAUAUUUGUAUACGUGUUUUUAUUGAUCAGAAUUCGCAGUUUAGCCAUUUUUCAGGGAUUCUUGGGGGUCUCGCCCAACUUUCCUCUCGCCCUGGCACUCCUGUGGAGCAGGACAUGCUGAACUGCAGCUAGGCCGUUGUUGAAUGUAUUGUAGAAAUUUUUUUUUUUCUUUCUUUUUUUUUCUCAACAUGAAAGGCUGGGAAGAUACAGGACAGCUUUUUAUUGCAUAAAAUAAGAGGAUUACACAGCAGGGUUCUACAGAAACUAUUGCUCAGUCUAACAAAAUAAGAUUUUUAUUUUAUUAAUAUAUUUUUUUCGUAAUGCAGUUACUAAUCCUAAGGGCUUUGUAAUAGACUCCUGCACAGACAUCAAUACAACGUCCGAUGCUCCAUAAACUGGUAUAACAGCGCUCGGUCAGUGUUUCAGAAGCAGACAUGCUCUGGCGUUUUCCUGGACUUUACUCUUCCACGCCACACAAGUGGUAACACACCUUCUCCUGUAAUUAUAAUCAACAUUAUAUAUGUAUACACAUUAUACAUGGAUAUAUAUAUAAACUAAACGUGUAUUAAUAGUAACUUGUACUUCAAUAUCUACACAAUAUACGGAAUGGACAGACAAACUUAGUUACAGUAGCAAACAGCAGCUUCAUAAUGGUUAAUUGCAAUGUUCAGUGUAUAAUCUAUAAUGGUUUUGUGUUGCAGAUAAACUUUAGAGUAACUAAUGUGCAUCAUUUUUAAUAUCAAGAUCAAGAACCAGUUUUCCUGUGCCUGUGUAUGUUCCCUCAAUGGAGCAUUGCAGUUUUUUUUUCCCUUUUAAUUUGUUCAUUUGUUUUAACUUUAUUUGGAAAGGAGCGGUAUUUAUAUUAUGAAACAAGUUUGUGUAAAAUGUGGUUGUAAACUUUUUGAGCAUUGAUAAUUUGUUUGUUUUUGAUGGUGUAGUUGGCUUUAUUUUACUAUGUACAUUUUUAACUGUUUUUUUGGACAUCAGGAAAAACAUGUCCUUGCCUAAACCCAGCCGUGUCACCUAUACCUCUCUCUCCUAUUGCUUCUUAAGUUGUACUUUUUCUUAUGUGAUGUUCUGUAAUGAGUAAUGGUAACCAUUCUAUUUAUUUAUUUCUGCAAACAUCUCUAGAUGUACGCUGAGGUAAAACUCCUUCUGAGAGCAGGUGACUGCGCUCCCUGUUUUUGGAAUUUUAACAUGGUUCACUUUGUACAGAAACGAGUUGCGGACCAUUGGAGGUAUUUUAGGGAGUCAGAGAGGUCUUGAGAGAGAGAGAGAUUUUAACUCGUUCCUCUUGGAGGACACAAGUUUUCCAUUGUCUUACCAACACUUCCUUUCCCCUGUAGCUUCGAGAAAUCAUGUUGAUGUUGAUACUGACAGUUUUAGGGGUUUUAUUUCUUCUUUUCUCCUAGUUGCCUCAUCAGUGUUUUACCAUUUUACAGAAAAAUGAAGGAAAAUUUGUCAAUCUAAAAUAUUCAACCACAAACUACUUAAGGAUGAAUGUAUAAUGAGGAAAAAAAAUUGUAUAUAACAACUGUAAAAAGGAAAAUUUCUAAUCAUGUUUAUUUUCUAUGCACUUUUUUUAUUUAAGUGAUAGUUUAAAUAAUAAACAUGUCUCGUUUACUCAAA